AUGCCCAUUCAUUACUCGAUCAUUGUAGAUGUUGGAUCGGAGAAGAGUGUUGGUGAAUAUCCUAGAAAGAAGAAGGUCCGAGAGGUUGUCUUGCAGCAAGUGGUUCCGAAAUUGGCAAAAACAAAUUUUAAGAGAUUUUUAACGAGUAAUGACGCCAAUGUCUAUAUCAAAUGUAGUGGCAAGAAUUUUUAUAUUUGUUUUGCAUCUCCUGAUAUGAAACAACGUGUGUGUUGGGGAUUUUUAGAUGAAGUCGACAUGGAAUCCAUGAAAAAUGGAGUCUUUGUCGCCUCCUCCAAAUUAAAAGAUCUUCUCGCGUAUUACAACAAUCCCAUGAAUGACAAAAUUCAACGACUACAAAUGGAAAUUGACAAUGUCAAUGAAGUUCAAUCUGAGAAUAUUUCAAAAAUUUUAAAAGCUCGAACUUUGAUCGACGAUCUCGUCGGUGAUACCGAACGAUUGGAUGAUCAAGCUCAAGAGUUUAAACGGCAUACACAGAAGGCAAAAUGCUGUGCGUGUGUGAUUUGUUGA